CAUGUCUUAUUAAGACUUGCGUUUCUUGUUGUUGCAACAGGGGCGUGUUUCCGCCUGGGGGAGAACCCGCAUCUUGAUCUCACCAAGAUGGCACAGAAGUACGGAGACGUGUUCAGCCUGAUGCUUGGAAACCGCUUGGUGGUUGUACUCAACGGAGUCGAUGCUAUACAAGAGGCCAUUGUCAAGCAGUCUACAGCCUUUGCUGGCAGACCACAGCUGCACACCUUUAAACUUGCCAAUCCACAAGAUAACAGUCUAACCGUAGGUGAUUAUUCACCAAAAUGGAGGCUUAGUCGUAAGAUGAGCGUCGCUGCGAUCCAAAACUUCGCAAAGAAUUCAGAUGUCUUAGGAGAGAAACUGCUUCGGGAAUCACAAAGCUUGGUCCAUUACUUCAAGCUACAGAAAGAAAAACCCGUUGAUGCUUCGAUAACUAUUAAGUUCGCCAUCGCUAACAUCAUCCUUAACGCACUCUUUGGCGUCGAUCGUUCAUACGAUGACGAGGGCCUCCGAGGAAUUAUCCAACUAGUCGAAAGUUAUGGACAGGCACUACAUGCCAGUAGCCAUGUAGACUUCCUUCCAUUCUUGAAGUACCUCCCCAAUAAAGCGCUGUCAAGGCUUGAACUGGCAUUAAACGCUGUGAAUGAUGUGAUUACCGAGAUGUUUGUGGAAAACAAGCAAACCUACAAUGAAGGGCAAGUUCGCAAUAUCGCAGAUAGUUUUGUCAGCGUCGUUGAGAAAGAAACCUUGAAAGAGAAGGAGAAUAGCCCAGCUGGAGAGAAAACCCUUAACAUGGCUCCUCUGCUCAGUGAUGAACAGAUAAUUCAGGUCUUGUCGGAACUCUUUGGUGCCGCCAUAGACACCUCUUCUGGCGUUAUUUACUGGAGCCUGGCAUAUCUGGUGAAAUAUCCUGACAUCCAACGCCAGCUGCAUGAAGAGUUAGAUAAUGUAAUUGGCCAAGGACGAUUUCCAACUCUGGCAGACAUAACAUCACUUCCUCUUUUGCAAGCUACAGUUUACGAGCUCCUGAGGGUGACAAGCCUCGCUCCUCUUUCCAUACCUCGCUCCACAACGACCGAGGCAAACAUUCGGGACUACACAAUCCCAAAAGGCACGAUCGUCUUCAUUAACCUGUGGUCCGUGCAUCGCAAUCCAGCAAUCUGGAAAGAUCCUGAAGUUUUCAACCCCAGGCGUUUUCUGAACGAUGCAGGUGAGUUGAUCGAUCCCAAGGCUCUUGGCGGCUUCCUACCAUUCUCAGGGGGCCGUCGAAAGUGUCCUGGUGAACCCCUAGCCCUGAAAACAAUAUCUGUAUUCCUUGGGGCGUUACUUCACAGCUUCCGAUUCUCGCAGGAUGGAUUGCCAGCCGAGUACCAGGGUAUAAAUUUUCAGGGGAAGUUUGGCCUUACUUUGCAGCCAGAGACAUUUUAUGUGCGAAUAGAGGAACGUUAUUGAGGAGCCACCACUGCAAUUAUCGCCAUAUGGUUGAAUAAUUAGACACUUCACAUACCUUAGAACUGCUGACUAAAUUUACGCAAAGAGCUCUUAUUUAACCUUAACAUUUAAGAUUACUUAGUUUAUCUUCUGCUGUAGUGAAAGAGAAUAAGCCUCAUGCGUAUCUGAAGUAUAGAUUUAAGUCUUUAUCCCACUGAUUUUGUUUUUGUUUUAGUUUUAUACAACACAAAAAACUGAUGUAGUUUUGUCACGGUUAAGUUAACAGUUAAGUUUGGACGGCGUAACAUUUUUAAACCAUUUUCGUUUUUGACCGUUAUAGUGUAAGAAAAGAGUAUUCAAUCGCUUUAGCCCUUCACUUUGAAUUUUCCUAGUCGUGUCAUUUAUUAUAUUUUUAUAAGAUACUUAAGUAACAUGGUGAAAUAAAAUGUGUUUAAUUUGCUGUAUUGACGCUGUUGUGGCGAUGUAUGUUUUUUUUUUUUUUCUUUUUUCGUUUCACUUUGCUGGGACUAGAAUGAUCUCUAUUUGCACGCAGCAUACUUGACAGAUGCGAAGAAGGUUCAGUUUCAAGCGAACGGUAUAAUUAAAUGGACACGACGAGAACGGCGUGCCAUGGUUGUCGCCAGAUAAAGGUUCAAAUGGCGCGUAAGCAAUUUUCUCGCAUCGGUGAUACCUCAAUCUUCCUUUCUUCAGACCACAUAACUUUCAACUCUUGCCGACAGCAAAGAAACACGUUGCAAGAAGAUAACACGAAGAUGUUUUAAGUAAUUUCUUCAUUAAAUUGAUCGUGACCUUGAUUUUAACGGUUGGAAGACUUCCUUCGCAUGACAAGAGCGUACGAACGAAGCAAGUAUUGCGUGUUGUUAGCCAACGCUUACGAAGCUCUUUUUAUUCAGUUCCAAAUAUUGUUUUGCUCCCACCACGAACAAGAGCCACAUAAAAGUUCGACGUGACAAGAAAGGGUUUGAAUAUCCCUCAAAAAAAACAUGUUUCAUUUUAGAAUAAUAAUCUCCUAAUGAAGCGUUAUAAGUUUCAAACAGGAGCUCAUGAUGAGCUCCUGGUUUUAAACUGUAAACAUCAAGCAAUUAUGGCGGCCGGGUUCGACAUUUUGCCCAAUUCAGUGUUAGUACGCCCACUGAAGUAUGACUGUAAGCACAGGAAUCGGCCUUAAUGAACGAGUCAGUUUUACGAAUACAACAGUAGUAGGCAAAGCAUCAUCCAAAUAUUUAUUAUCAAACAAUGUGGACGUUUCGUCUCAGCUGUGUAGAGUUGCCCGCAAGUCGAGCUCGAAAAGUAAGAAAUGUCCGCCACGCUCAAAAGCCCGAGGGCGAAGAGCGCGCGGAGGAGACCUGCACAACCAACAACCAAGGACUUUGAGAAAGUUUACUCGAACUUUGAAAGACAAAAAUGAUUCUUAAUAACACAGUACGUCGCUUACAGACUCAAGCAAAUACUUUAUUGCAUGCAAUUGUCAACCGAGGUACAAACCUUCAUCACUUUUCAUCCUGUUCACUGUUUCAGAACGUUUUUGUAAACAAAAAGAUUCGUAAUUCGCGACAUUUUGAUAUGUUCCGAUCUCAACUUCACCGUUACUGAACUAAAACUGGGCCUUGAAGCGAAAACACGUAUUUUCGCUUCGAGAGCCAUGGCUUUUAAGUUAGUUAUAUAUAAACUUGUGUUGAGUAUUAGGACCUAUUAGGCCUGUGUAAUUCAGUUACAACACUAGAUUACAAUCUUAAACAGAACAACCCCGCUAAAUCUUCUAGGGUAGAGGGCCGGGGCUUGGCGCGGUCAGCAUGACAUUUGAUUGAUAGUUUUUAGCACAUUCCAGUGACCUUCUGUUCUAAAUAGCUGCAAAUCUUUAAAAUGACAAGUGUCCAUUGUUUGUAGAACUGUUUCAGUAUGCGUAUAGCAUGAUCUCGGCCUGUUGUAGAUGGUUCCAUUGCGUGUCCAAAGCCUCAGCGGUCAUGACUCAGCGUGGGAGGACUCUCGGGAGGCUCGCUUCAAUUUUCUUCCGUGAUUUCAAUUUUGUUAAAAUCGAGUUUAUGUCAGAACUUGAGCGAUAUUUCUGUAGAGGAGUUUUACUGUACAUACUUAUAAUUCUUGGUAUUAAUUAUUGCUUUAGUUUCAGUCUUCAGAUUAACUAGAUUGAGUGAAUAACGAAUAAUUUUUAAAAAUGAAAAAUAAAUUUUAAAAGAGUAUUUCAAGGCCAUUGCGUGAUAAGCGGCGAGUCAGAAUCCAUUAGACUAUCAACCACAGGUCUGACACCAAUGAACUGAACUUUAUUUAACGGCAUUCCAUCGGUGCUAAAGCUGAGAUCUUGAAUUUCUGCAGAUGUAACUUUAAAAACUCGUGCUCUUAGAUGUUAGCUUCGACUGUGGAUGAACAGGCCUUCAAAAAACUGUCAGGAAAGCUCAGCACCUAACACCGAGAACAGCAGACAGCUUUAGAACACCGAAAGAGGCUAGGCUGUCUUCUGAAUAAAUUAUUCCUCGUUAUAGAUGAAAACUGACUAAAACAGUACAAGAAUGUUCAGCAUACGUUAGUAUACUUAUAAAUUCGGAGGAUAACUUGGAAGCCAUUCUUUCUAACUGUCGUGUCGUAAAACUAUGAGACAAUGUACUCACAACAGAUAUGCUUCAAUUUCCGUGUCUUACGCCUCCCGUACAAUAUUGUUAGCAGAAAGGAACACCAGGGAACGUGACUUCUGCCUCCCGCUGGCUUGGCUGAAACCCCUACGGGGUAGCUUUUCGAUUUAAAAAAAGAAAUAAUACUCGUAGUGGAAGUGAUUGAGGAAACGUUCUUUGACCCGUUUCAAACCGCAGAUCCGAGAUAAAUUUGGCAAAAACCUCAGUACCGUGCCUAAAAUCCACGGAAAUUGCCGAAACCGCACUUAGUAAGCACAGGUCACUGGUCACACCGC